UUUUUAGAUACCAUUUAUGGUGUGUGUAAAAAUCUCAUGGGACAAUUUAAUAUAACAGUGCCUACCAGUUUUAAGACUCCAUCACUAGUCCAGCAAACACAGAAGCUACCAGUCUUCGAUCCAAACAAAAUGGCAAGCAAACUGACUCCAGAGCAGAUCACAGAGUAUAAAGGCGUUUUUGAAAUGUUCGACGAGGAGGGGAAUGGGGAUGUGAAGACACAAGAGCUGGAGAGGCUGAUGAGUUUGAUGGGAAUCAACCCGACAAAGAGGGAACUGAGUCAAAUGGCCAAAGAUGUGGAUAAAGACGGCAAAGGCACCUUUAACUGUGACAGGUUUCUGGGUCUUAUGGCUCUUUACCACGAGAGAGCUAAAAACCAAGACGCUGAGCUUCGAGCUGCCUUUAAAGUGUUUGAUAAGGAGGCUAAGGGCUACAUUGACUGGAAUACACUCAAGUAUGUGUUGAUGAAUGCCGGUGAACCUCUCAAUGAAGAAGAGGCAGAACAGAUGAUGAAGGAGGCUGACAAAGAUGGAGAUGGAACAAUUGAUUACGAAGAAUUUGUUGCCAUGAUGACUGGAGACUCUUUCAAGAUGACCUGAGACUGAAAUUGGAGAAGCAUGUGGAUGAACAGAGAAAUGCAAAUGCACAUCCCUGGAAGAUCUCACCAAAAAUUUGUUUGAAUUAAAGAAUUAUAUAACAACACCA